UGUUGGCGCAUGAGAAGUCAACAUUGCAGUCAGUUUGUUACUACUAUUAACUGCAGCAGUAGCACUCGACGUCGGCCCGACGUUAGCUGUAUUAGCGAGGGCAUCUCUAUAGGUACUAGCAGAGAGCGGCGUAGUGCCAGCAAGUGAUAGCUGAAACACAAUGCCGGCGAACGGCGAACUCACCACAACGAAAUUUGCGCUGUCAAAAUUAGAACACCCACAAGCACAUGAAAUUGAACACAGCCAAAGCGAAAUGCGAAGUUCGCCGGGCGCCGUUUCGCCGAGAUAAAGAUGGAAAUCUGGGAAGCAGUUGCUCAGUCUGUAAAUAUGAGUGCGGACGCUUGUCGGAAACGUUGGAAAGGACUCCGAGACACUUACAAAAAACGAAAGCGCUCGGAACUGCUGGCCUCAGGUAGUGGCGCUCCGAAUCCUAGCAAAAAAUGGAAAUACAUGGAAUUGCUGAGUUUUUUGGAUGAUUACGCUGAUUCAAGACCAACUGUUGGAAAUAUUGAACCAGAGAUCUUAUUUGAAGAUUUGGCGGAUUGUUCCACUUCUACAAUCGUUGAUGCAGAUGCGAGUGUGCCCUCUUUGAACCAGAGGAAAGAAACAAAAAAGAAGGCGGACGCCGAGGUAACCUCUGUGUUCAAAGAUGUAAUGCAAGAAUGUUCAGACGCUAUUAAAGAGUUGACAUCUGUUACAAAUCCUCCAGAAAAAGUGCGAAAUACGACCUCGCUUUUAUUUGAAAGCUUGGCGAAUAGGAUUUCCAAAGCUAGUUGCCCCAAGGAGAUGUGUGUAACAUAGAAUGUAAAGUUGCAGCUGUAGUGUAUGAUGAAUUAAAAAAGGCAGGUCUCCAAUAA